GCUGACGUAAAGUCAAACACGGCUGUUGCCUGUCGCUCACGCCACCACCAUCCCCACCUAAUUCGGCCCUAUCUCCUCUUCUUCAUCUUCCUCCAUUUCCCAUUUGCUCUUCCACUUCCCCCAAAAUUUCCCGAUCCUUCCCUCAAGUCUCAACCAUGGCUUCCGCUCCCUCUCUCAAAAUUCCCAACCCCUCCUCUCCCGCCGCCUCCGCCACGAGUAGAGACCGUCGCCAUCUUCUCGUCACCAUCCCUUCCACGGUGGCCUCACCGACCUCCCCUCGUCGUAGAUCCGCCUCCCUCGCAGUCGCCUUCGCCGCCGCAUCUGCUAGCGCCGCCUCCAUCAACGGCGGCGGCGUCCCCAAGAUCAACGGCCACCCCCGGAUCAACGGCUUCGAACCCGCCGCCGGCCUCCGCGUAGCCUUCCAGGGCGCCCCCGGCGCCUACUCCGAGUUCGCCGCCAAGACCGCCCUUCUGGGCUGCGACACCCUCCCCUGCCGCGCCUUCGCGGACGCCAUCUCUGCCGUCGAGCGCGGCCUCGCCGACCGUGCCAUCCUCCCCGUUGAGAGCACCAUGGAAGGCGCCGCCCUCCGCAACUACGAUCUCCUCCUCCGGCACGACCUCCGCGUCGUCCAGGAGAUCAGCCUCUUCGUUAACUACUGCCUCCUCGCCAUGCCUGGCGUCAGCCCCGCCGAGGUCCGCCGUGUCAUCAGUCACCCCGUGGCCCUUGCCCACUGCGGCCGCGCCCUCGCCCAGCUCGGCCUCCACCGCUGCGAGCCCGUCGAGGACACUGCCGGCGCCGUUGAGAUGCUCCGCUCCAACCGCCUCCUGGACACCGCCGCCAUCGCCUCCCCCCGCGCUGCCCUCCUGUACGGCCUCGAUGUCCUCGCCCAUGGCGUCCAGGAUGAAUCCUGGAACGUCACCCGCUUCCUCCUCCUCGCCGCCCCCACGUCCCUCGCCGCCGCCGGCGCGGCCGUCCACCCCAAGCAGACCCCAUUAAAAACCUCUAUGGUCGUCGCGCACCGGGGCGGCUCCAUGGUGGUCCUCCUCAAGGUGCUCUCCGCCUUCUCCAGACGGAAUAUCAACCUGACAAAGCUGGAGGUGAUCAACUCCUCCUCCAAGGAGGACAAGGCACCGGUGUUUAUUCUGGACGUGAAGGCGAAGGGGACGCUCCGGGCGUUCCCUCACGUUCUAUACGUGGACUUCGAGGGCUCGACGGAGGACCCAAAGGCCAUGGAGGCCAUUGACGAGAUCUCGCAGACCGCCGAACUCGUGAGGAUCUUGGGAUGCUACGCCGCCGAUCCUAAUGUCUACGACCUUCACUAGCGGAGCGUUCGGUGCGCAUCCUUACCUGCAGCAGCACAGGAAAGCGUCUUCUCUCCUCUCCCCUCCCGUCCUCUUCUCAGUAUGGUUGUACAUAAUACGCCUGUUCCCGUUGUGUAAUUCGACUACCUUCCGUCCAUUACUAUUUCAGUUAACACCUGCUCGUUCAUCUUCCUGAGCUUGAUGGAGGACUGAUCGAUAAGCAGGUACUCUGCCGAAUCAAGUUUGCUUCUUGCUAAGUUGUAUCGUUUGUUCCCACCACGAAAGUAGCAUCUUCCUUGUAAGGUAUGUCUUUCUGAUUGUAGUUCACAUCUUUGAUGCAGUGUACUUAAAGAAUCAUGUAUCAGCUGAAAAUUUGUAAGACAAAUAAGGAAUAAUAGAUGUAGUCUCUUGCUUUCUUAUUAAGAGUCUUGGAAUAUGACUACUCCUCA